AACCCCCCUAUGCUCGCUCCUCGUCAAACAGAAGACGGAGAGAGUUGGGGUAAAAUAAGCGCAAACAUUUAGCAAUCUGUCUGUAAAUUAGUACAUAUCAGAGCAUUAACUAGCUACACAAUGUCUGAAGAAAAGCCAAAGGAAGGAGUGAAGACUGAAAAUGACCACAUCAACCUUAAGGUUGCAGGUCAAGAUGGGUCAGUAGUCCAGUUCAAAAUUAAAAGGCACACUCCGCUCAGCAAGCUGAUGAAGGCGUACUGCGAAAGACAGGUGAGGCUGUCCUUAACGUUUACAUUCAUCUGUCUACUCUUCUGCUCCCUGACUGUUCUCUCCCCUCAUCUUUUAUUUCAGGGUUUGUCAAUUAGACAGAUACGGUUUAGGUUUGACGGACAGCCAAUCAACGAGACCGACACACCUGCACAGCUUGAGAUGGAAGACGAGGAUACUAUUGAUGUAUUUCAACAACAGACCGGAGGAGGCUCCUUCCCCUCAGAGGCUUCUCUUAAAGGUGUAUGGACCCUCUGAGGCGCCUCCCCCUCUGAGGACAGAAACACAGUUGAUGAGCAGCAACUUUUUUUUAUUAAAUAAUGGUCCCACUUUUUUUUUGUGAUUGCUCUGCUCAUAGCCAUGGUCUUGUUCUUUUCAAGCUGGAUUUCAUGCCACCAAUCCACAUGUCUUGUUUAUAUUCAUAUUGAGGAUGGACUAUAAACUGCUUGUUUUGGAGAAUAUGUGUUUGUUUCACACAAUGGGGAUGUGGGGGGUUCAACUCAUUCAGGCUUUGUCCCAAAUGGCACCCUAUUCCUCUUACAGUGCUCUACACUUAACAAAGUAGUGCACUAUAGGGUGCCAUUUGGGACAUUAAAUCUACCAUAGGUUCAGGGACUUAAUGUUGAACAGGUCUCAUAAUAUGCAAAAUUAUAUAUUUUUUUUGUCUGCUGUUUUUAAGUACAUUUUGCAAAAUAUGCAGUCCAAGUGAUCAAUUGUAAUUUUAAACCUGUACAGUGUGUAUUGGAAUAUUGGUGAAUGGGGUGCUCUACUGCUGGUGCCAUUAGAUUGAAUUGCUUUGUGUCUCUGGAACAAAGGCUUUUACUAAAGUGAACAGAAACGUCUAUGAUGUAAAAGAGUUUCAGGUCUAUUUUCAACAUCGCUUGAAAGAAUGCAACUUACCGUUCACAUGUCUGUUUGGUUUCUAACCCCCUCACCCCUUCCACACAGAUUUAAGGGAAGUCGUUGAGCUCCUGGUUUUAGCCCAUCCCUCAAUAUUUUGUGACAAAAUAAAAGGGAAUCCACCAUGACUUCAACCUUUGACCUUUUUGUUUCUAAUCAGACUUGAUGAAUCUUCCCACCUGCCUUCAGACUGUUGUGGUGGACUUGAGUAGGCAGCACGGGUCCACUCUAGUCCUUAUGUUGCUCUAAUGAUUUGUACAUUGUCUUUUACUACUGUAUACAAUAAAUAUAGUUUGGUACUCAG